AUGAUGAGUCCAGGCAUCGAAGAUGUGAACAACGAACUCUACGGUGGGUUGUACUCGCAGAUGAUCUAUGGUGAAUCCUUUGAGGAACCCGCAGACGAGUCUGGUGUCAGUGGGGCACACUUCUGGGAACAUCUCCCUGACGGCCAGCAAGGUGUGUGGUCUCGCGACUUACUGCGGCCAACAUGGAGUCGCGUGGGCUGCGGUGGCAGCUACAAUGUUAGCAGUGAGUCUCUUCAUGGUAAGCCUGGCUCUUGUUUCUUUGGGGCACGGGACCUUCUUGCUGAUGGUAAUGCUGGCAAUGGCAUUUCGUGGAUUUACAUCUGUCAAGGGUGA